GACUCGCGGGCUGCAAGUCUCGAGGUCGACCGUCAAGGCACCAUGUCCACAGCGAUUCUUUCCAUCUUGUCCUCGUUUGUCGAUGUCGCAAUCUCGACGCGCCCGGACGAGCUUGCAAUGGUAACAGUACUGUAAUCAAUUUGCGUAGCAGGAGUCAUUGGUCCGCAUCAUCUUGUCAACGUCUUGUCUCCUCCUUCUUUUUAAUUAUGACACAAUGACCCCUUCCGGCGAAGCAACCAGCGUAAUGGUGACAGGCGAUGGGGGCUCGUUGGAUGCGCGUCCCGAGACUGUUCAUGCCACUUUGUCGAUUGCGUGCAAUUUGAUGAUGUGAUUCCAGUCCAUCAGCGCAGAAGCUUGUUUAAGUAUACACAAGAAGUCAAGCGCGGAUUGCUUACCAAGAACCCCGCGCUUCACAGGGAGGAGCAGAAAGCUGGGAGCCGGAGAUCGAGGUCCAGAAACAUCAUAAGAUGAGUUUGUUUGCCUACUGGGACUCUCUGGAGGGCGGACGGGAGGGGGCCAUGGUAGAUCGAGAGUUAAGGCACGUAUUCGAGAUCCUAUCUCACACAAGAGGGCUCGGUAGCAGGAUCUACUUAGAAGUCAUCUGGGUUGAUCUCCCAAAUUUUGGCGGCCGUAAGAAAGCAUUGAGGGCAUUGCGAGGCUCGUCAGGCCCGAAGGGUUCGCUGGCAACAUGACCCGACUAACCGAUGGCCGUUGUAAGAUAAGGGACCACACCUCAUAGAGAAAAAUGCCUCGAGUCGGAAUAGUUGAAGAGAUCAAGACGCCGGAACCGGCUGAAGUG